UUCAGAUUUGCUAUUUUUUUUGGUGGGAAUUGAUGGGUCGCAUUUGUAGCGUUAAUGAGUAUUAGUCGAACAAUGCAGGCACAGCGACAUUCUGUUCGUUUGCAUGCAGCUGAAUCAACCCGUGUGCUAGAUGAGAUAACACGGAAACGACGUUUAAGAAAACAAUUAGAAGCCCUCGAACAGGACAAUUUUCAUGAAGAUCCUCACGCACAAUUGCAGUGGCAUAAAAAUAUUCCCAAAUUCGAAGAUGACCAACUGGGACAGUCAUCAGCCCGUAAAGGAGAUACUGAACCAGGAAAGAAAAAGAAGAAAUUCAAAGUGGAGUAUUUUAAGCAGAGAUUUCGGAAAAAUUUCUCAGCUUUAGUUGAAGAGGAAACGCUGUCGAAAUCUAUGGAAAUUUCGGGUUUUGAUGCAUAUAAUGCUGCACGGGCACCACCAAGUAGCAUACCGCCACGGCAGUUUUGCUCAGCUUGCGGUUUCUUCUCCAAAUAUACUUGCAUGAGAUGUGGUGCGCGAUACUGCUCAAUAAGUUGCAGAGAUCUGCAUAAUGAUACUAGGUGUUUGAAAUGGACAGUGUGAGCAAGAAUCUGAAUGGAGCGGAAUGAUUUCACGAACGGAAAUCCUGAAAAACUUGCUCUCCAUAAAUACAAAUUUUCACACCAACUCCUUUCGGAGAAAUUGUUUAAUAUUCAAAAUUCUUUACUUUUGUAUAUGGCUGUUGUUACUAUGUAUUUUUUUAUUUUAAAAUAGGCAUAAAUAGGUAAAGAAAAAUGCAUUAUCGAUGAAGAAAACGGACGACGCUUCCAAUCAAUCACCCAGCCAUUUUCUAUAUUGCGC